AUGGGAAGAGGACCAAAGAAACACUUGAAAAGAUUAGCAGCACCAUCCCAUUGGAUGUUGGACAAAUUGUCCGGAACUUAUGCUCCAAGAUCGUCUCCAGGUCCACACAAAUUGAGAGAGUCCUUACCAUUGAUUGUUUUCUUAAGAAACAGAUUGAAGUAUGCCUUGAACGGUAGGGAAGUCAAGGCCAUCAUGAUGCAACAACAUGUUCAAGUUGAUGGUAAAGUAAGAACCGAUGCUACAUUCCCAGCUGGUUUCAUGGAUGUCAUUACUUUGGAAGCCACUAAUGAAAGAUUCAGAUUAAUUUACGAUGUCAAGGGUAGAUUCACCGUGCACAGAAUUUCUGCUGAAGAAGCUGCUUACAAAUUGGGUAAAGUCAAGAAGGUCCAAUUAGGUAAAAAGGGUAUUCCAUAUGUUGUUACACACGAUGGUAGAACCAUCAGAUACCCAGACCCAUUGAUCAAGGUUAACGACUCAGUUAAGAUUGACUUGGCUACUGGAAAAAUCACUGAUUUCCUUAAAUUUGAUACCGGUAAAUUAGUCAUGGUUACUGGUGGUAGAAACAUGGGUAGAAUUGGUGUAAUUGUUCACAGAGAAAAACACGAAGGAGGUUUUGAUCUUGUUCACAUUAAAGAUGCUUUGGAAAACACUUUUGUUACUAGAUUAAACAACGUUUUCGUCAUUGGAGAAGAAGCUGGUAAACCUUGGGUUUCAUUACCAAAAGGUAAAGGUAUUAAAUUAUCAAUCACUGAAGAAAGAGACAGAAGAAGAGCUCAACUUGGUAUUUAA